CUCUGCGAACGCAUGUUACAUAAUUUUUAAAUGAUCCCCAAUAAACAUGCAAGUUGUCACGUUAUCAUUCAUAAAUACAUGUGUUCAUUGAUAUGAAUACGAAUGCGAAUAAAAUUUAAUGAUAGUAGUAGUAUGUUGUGAGCUGGCCGGCUGUUCUGUUUUAUGAAUGUACAAUAAAAAACCAAAAUGCUUUUUCGUGUACUUCGUUUUAAUUUUGCUAGUUGGAUCACCGGCGGACGUAGAAAAAGGAUUAUAGGAGUUGUUGGAACUGUAGUAGCUGGUGGCACGAUUGCAACGUAUUUUCAGAAAAAUGAAGCAAAUAUGGCAUCAACGCUAUCCAUCGGCAAAUUUAUGGCCGAUCCGAUAACUCCAAACGGCAAAUUAGCGGCUAAUUCUAACGAUAUGAAGACUAAGAUGGAACUGCUGAUCAUGAAAAUUCAAGCGGAUUUCUGUCGCGCUCUGGAAAAUGAAGAAAACUUUGGCAAAAAGUUUACUGUUGAUCGCUGGGAACGCCAAGAAGGUGGAGGCGGGAUUACCUGUGUCCUGCAGGAUGGGGAUGUCUUUGAGAAAGCUGGGGUCAACGUUUCUGUAGUGCACGGUAUGUUACCAAAGGGAGCGAUUCAACAAAUGAAAUCCAGGGGUAAAGAACUAGCUGAUGGCGAUUUGCCGUUCUUUGCUACCGGAGUGAGUGCCGUGAUCCAUCCCAGAAACCCAAUGGUGCCCACUAUUCAUUUCAACUACCGAUACUUUGAGGUUACAGAUUCAAAAGGCAACAAGCAAUGGUGGUUCGGGGGAGGAACUGACCUCACACCCUAUUAUUUGAACGAAGAGGACGCGAUUCAUUUUCAUCGAGCUUUAAAAGAUGCCUGUGAUGAACAUGACCGAAAUUACUAUCCAAAAUUCAAGGAGUGGUGUGACACAUAUUUCUACAUUCCCCAUAGGAGUGAGUGUCGCGGUGUUGGUGGUAUAUUUUUCGAUGACCUUGACACACCUGAUGAGGAAAGUGCCUUUGAAUUCGUUUCAAGCUGCGCCCAUUCGGUGAUACCAUCCUAUCUCCCGUUGGUAAGGAAGCAUAAAAAUGAAUCCUACGGAGAUCGCGAACGGCAAUGGCAACUGCUGCGUCGGGGGCGGUACGUGGAAUUUAAUUUGAUUUACGAUCGUGGAACUAAGUUCGGUUUGUAUACACCGGGUGCUCGCUAUGAAAGUAUUCUGAUGUCUCUACCACUCACUGCGAAAUGGGAAUACAUGAACAUACCCAAUCCCGAGAGCAAGGAAGGUGAGAUUAUACAUGUAUUAAGGAACCCUAGAGACUGGUUACAAACCUCAAAAUAACCGCGAUGUAUUUAUUUUUGUUAAAGUUUUUCAUAUUCAUCAACAAAAAAGGUUUAUUGGAGAAGGUU